AUGAACUUGAUAUCCCCUCUAUUGCUGGUUAUAGCUCUAGCCUAUGCCGAAGACCCAGUCUAUAAGGCAGACAGUCUUCUUGAACAUGCCAUGUUCCAAAGUGGCGAGAACCUUGGACUUCAACUGGGCUCUCCUGCCAGUGUAGUAACUGUUUAUGUGACUCGUACUGAAACACUUACUGUUACCGAGGCUCCCUGGACUACUACUACGAGCUCCUUAAGUCAUCACACAAAAACUGAAGACUCUACCUUAACUUGGUCCCUUGAAUCACCUCUGAGUUCAGUUAAAAACUCAACUGAUUGCCCUGAAGACCAACCAAAGACUUUAGUUGGAUCUACUACCGGACAAUGGAUUGAAACCACAACUCCUUAUCCCACUCAUUCUAGUGAACAUCUUAUUUCCAGUAAAACUGGUUACUCUACCGAUCUUACAUCUACUUAUUCCAGUAUUCACUCAACUGAACCUCCUUCAUUGUCUCACCCAAAAAAGACAUACACUGAGGAGACCUUUACUGAAACUCAUACUAGCCAUGGAUCAUAUUCUUCAGCUUCAUCUUCUAUAUAUAAGAAUGACCAAGUCCCCAAGAAUUCUACAGCUCCAUGGUCUUACCAGGUGCGUCCUACACCCGUUGUUGUAGACGAGGACUUCCCAGAUCUCUUAGAUGUGCCCAACUCAGCUAAUCCACCAACUUCCUUUAGAUUGGUUUCUCUGCUAGGACUACCGUUGAUUCUGGCAAUUGGUCUUUUAACCCUUUAG